AUGUUGUCGGCCGCGCCGCCGAAGCAUCGGUUCGGAUUCCGAGUAUUCGUCGCCUCGUGCAUCUUCACCACAGUCACCAUUUGUGAGUUCCGAAGUACUCCCAGUUUCCUCAAAUGUUUGCUUCAGUCGCAGUUCUCUGGGACGAACGACGUCAGAAGGAACGGCGACAAGAAGGCGUCAAGUAUCGACUGAACGCCAUCCAACAGCACGCGAACAUGGAAGAGUACGAGCUGCAGAAACAACGAUACGAAGAGUACAAAGCGGCCAAUUCUUAG